AUGGCUCAGAGAAACAUUAUUUGUUCAGUGCAUUACAAUGGUGUUAUCAGUAACGAUCUAACUGACGGUUUUUCGUUUAGCAAUACUGAAACAAAACGUUUCAAAGUGCAUUGUAGAGCCGAUUUUAUUCAUUUGAAGGAACGAAUUGAAUCAAAAUUGCAACUUCCUGUAAGUGAAAUUAUUUAUCGACUAGCGUUAUUUACUGGAGACAACGGUAACAUUUUUUACGUCAUGAAACAAAUAGAAGACGACGAUGGCGUUAAAGUGAUGUUCGAAUGUCACAAUUCGUUUGCUCCUCUUGACUCAGUCGAGCUUUAUGUUCGCAUUGUUAGUCCUGCAGUUAACCAAUCGCAAGAGUCGCAUUCGCAUCAAUACGGUCUGAGCCAACCCACUGAUGAAGAGCCAACACAAAACAACGAACCAUUUAUACCCAACGAACAAGUGGACGAGUACAGUGAAGAUGAAAUACAAGAAGUGCAAUAUGAAGAUCUUUUUGGUGAUGACAAUGACCCUGAUAUUUUUGUGUCGUCGCAGCCCACAAUUGCACGACCGAUUAGCAUGUACGCCCCACCGGAUCACAUGCGAAAUAUCUGUUUAGAAGAGGCACAGUCUGAAUCAAUAUUUGGUUCGCACAAAACAAACUAUAGUGAUGUUGAUUUAUAUGAGGGAAUGGAGUUUGAAGACAAGGAGGCAUGCGUUGCUGUUAUACAACAUUGGCAUAUCACCAAAAUUCUUGAUUAUUGGGUAUACAAAUCUGAUAAGAACAGAUAUGUCAUCAAAUGCACGAAUCCAACUUGCCAAUUCAAAUGUAGAGCAUCAGUUCGCAAGAAGAAUUCCAAGUGGACGAUAGGUAAGUUGAGUGGACCACAUGUCUGCACAACCACUUCAAUGUCGCAAGACCAUAGACAACUUACCUCAGAUAUUGUCUCUCACUGCAUCAGAGAUCUGGUUAACACCGACCCAUCAAUUAAGGUAAAGCUCAUAAUUUCUCAUAUAACAGGAAAGUAUGGUUAUAAUAUAUCUUACAGGAAAGCGUGGAUUGCAAAGGUAAAGGCCAUAAAAUCCUUGUAUGGAAACUGGGAGACAUCUUACAAUGACCUUCCACAAUGGUUAUUGGUAAUGAAAACACAUCUGCCUGGAAUGGUAAUAGACUUGGAAACGUUACCUGCAUUUUCUAACGAAGGCAGCCAGUUGGGUGAUAAGAUGAUAUUCCAUCGUCUAUUUUGGGCUUUUCAACCAUGCAUCCAUGGUUUUGCUUAUUGCAAGCCAAUUGUUCAAGUCGACGGAACAUGGUUGUAUGGAAGGUACAAAGGGACAUUGUUGAUGGCUGUGGCGCAGCAUGGGAAUGGUAACGUUUUUCCAAUUGCUUUCGCUAUUGUCGAGGGUGAAACCAAGGAUGCUUGGAGUUUUUUCCUUCGCAAUCUAAGAAGCCACGUGACACCCCAACCCAAUCUAUGCCUAAUAUCAUACAGACAUCCAUCGAUUAAAAGUGCCUAUGAUGAUCCUGCAAAUGGAUGGCAAAAUCCUCCGUCUUCACAUGUCUACUGCAUUAGGCAUAUCGUGCAAAAUUUUAUGCGUGCGAUUAGAGACAAGGAACUACGUAAAAAACUCGUCAACAUGGGUAAUAGUCUAAUUUAUCUUUGUGAAGUACAUUUGUCAAAUGAUCUUUGUCGGUUUCUUGACUUGUUUAUUAUUUGUAACAUGAUAUGCAUUGACGGAGUCAACGUAAAACUACUAUAG